UUGAUAAUUUUGAUGAAAUAUGGAAUAAUUAGAAUAGAAUUAGAAUUGUAAUUCCAAUUUCCAAUGAAUUAUUGAAUUCCAUCUUAAACUAGCUAAUUUAUAUUUAAAACAAUCCCUUGUUUAAUAAGACUAAUAUUACAGAUUUCUAAUUACAUACAUAAACCAUAAGGCUAAAGCCGUUAACAGCCAACAGUGACAACUAAUAACAUUAUAGUAAAUUAAAAACUUAUAAAUGAAUAAUGAAAAGAGAAAUGCUCGGGGAAGAGGACGUGGCCGUGGCCGAGGUAGAGGCCGCGGCAGGGGCCGUGGUCGAGGCAAAAAAGUAGCUAAAGUUAUGUCUUCCGAUGAAGAAGAAUGCUCUGUAGAAGAAACCAUUCAAGAUCCUGAAGAAAUUACACCAGAGGAGUCAAAAGAUGAGACUGAACCGGCUGAACCUCCAAAGUUAGAAGUGCCCUCGGACAUUUCUCAGCUGGAGACUCCUGUAUUCACAACAAUACAGCGCGGGCCCCCAGAGCCCAUGCUGCGCUUGGACUGGAGCCAUAGAGCUACACUAAUCGGAGAGAAAGUUCUAAACCCCAUGAUUUACUGCUGUGAUACUUGCUCAAAACCAAUUCUUAUCUACGGCAGAAUGAUUCCCUGCAAGCAUGUAUUUUGUUUAUCUUGUGCCAGAUCAGAUCACACACAUUGCCCUCGCUGUAGAGAGAAGGUGCUGCGUGUGGAACAGACUGGUUUGGGGACAGUGUUCAUGUGCACACAUUCCGGAACAAGAUAUGGGAAUACAGGUUGCAGGAGGACAUACUUAUCACAGAGAGAUCUGCAAGCUCACAUAAAUCAUCGGCAUGUAUCUUCGGGCGCGGGGGAGAACAAAUCAGAGCCUGAGCCGACCACACCCUCUGUGCCCAUCAUCAAACCUAUGACUUUGCCGCCAUCAGCGGGUGAUCCUCGUUCACACACACUGGCGCACGGUGCGCACGCGCCGCACGCCGCCCACCCCGCACACGCACCGCACGCGCCCGGCGAGCGCCGCCCCGCCAGGACCAACCUCAUCACCGUGCCCAUACAGGACCAGGGCGAGCACAACUACUACAACUACUAUCAGCCGCCGCAGCCGGUGGGUGGAGCGCUGCCGUCGGCGACCGUCACCUCAGUGCAAGUGCUGCCGCACAACAUGAGCGUGCCCCCGCCCUACUACGUGCCCAACUACUCCGCGCCACCCGCACCCUACGUGCCCCCACCUGGUGGUAGCCUCAAUCCAAACGUAGCGGGUGUAUCCCCCCUACCUCCCAGCGUGGGCAUCGGUAACGUGGGCAACGUGGGCGCGGUGUCGGGUGAGGCGCGCUGGCCGGACGGCUACCAGCCGCCCACGGUGUCCGUGCAGCCGUGGCCCCAACCCCAACACCACUACUACCGGUAGCAUGACUACUACUGGGCUAACCAGUAGUAGACAACACAGCUCUCAGAUACGUCAUCAGCCCAACUCUGGGCUAAACAGGACUAGGAGAACUCUGGACUGGUUACCGGUUGCCCAACUUUGAGUUAACCUCUAGCCCAGUUGUGGGCUGAGAUUGCUGAGAUGUUUUAUCACUCAGAUUAGUGAGAAGGACACAUCCUGAGUGAUCUUUGUGAAUAAGGUCUUAUAUAUUUCAUGAUAACGAAUAUGUGUAACAAACUUAUGUUUCUAGUAAAAAAAUAUUAUCUAUAAUUAGAUUAAAAAGAAGCGCAUUGUUAUAUUGAAUAUUGUUUAAAUUUAUUACUGUACUAAUGAAAUAAUGUAUAUCUAUGUAACUCAAAUUGAAAUGUACUAGGUUUAAGGAGUUUAUAAGCAGGGGCUCGAGAGUCUUUUAGACAGCAACACUAGCCUUAUUGUCAACGUUUAUGUCCUCAUUAAUCAAUCUGACACUUGACUUUGUAACGAAAGCGCGCCAU